AUGGCUGGCGAGGCGCGGCUUUCCGUCAUUCACCCUCACCAGCUCAGCGAGCUCACCAUGCUGCUUUUCGGGAUAGCGCUGCUACUUCCGCUUGUAUUGUCGAAGCGCUUUGCUGAUAUUCCCAAAGCACUUGAUUGUAGCGACCCUAAAAGUGCUGCAAAGGUCAAAGCGUGCGCGCAACCUAUCGCAGAUGUUACAGCAGUAGUACCCGGAUCGUCCUACAUUGCGAAGAUCGAAUGCAAAGACUGCCCAUAUGUGAAUCGCGAGGAAAAUGCUGUGGAUGACAAGGUCGUGGGCGGUAAGGUUGUGAAUGGUGAUCAGAUACUCCUUCUGAACAUUACUCUCGCACACGAUAAUCGCACCAUUCUCCUCAAUAAUGAACCGCUCUAUCCUCUGCCGACUAUACCCACCCCUCCUCGAUUCCGUGUCGUCCAAUACCCGCUCAACCUCUCCAACGCAGACCUCAGUGGACGUCUACUAGAUCCCGAAUCUCCUGAGUGGCGAGGACUACGUCUAUCGCACUCUCCCAUAGAAUUUGAUUAUCUGUACACGACGAAUACAGCCCCACGCGAAAGAGAGGAAAAGGAUGAAGGUAUAGAAUACUGGCGUGUUGCUGUGGAUGUGAUUGGAAAGUCGGCGGGAUAUCCUGGAGAUUCGGCUUGGAAAUUUGACGAUCGAGAGCAAAAGAUGCUGUGGAUUCUGGUCAAAGGAUUGCCGGUGAAGACGGAGAAGAGCAGCAGCGGACGAGAUAACAAAGCUGCAGACCCAUUCGGCCACGUCGGGACCGACAAGACAUACGAAUACCAGAUUAUCCAUAUGCGUCUAGUCGAUCGAGUCUACAACUUCCUAGCCAAGACACCCUUGACUCUCUGGGGCAGGAUAGGCCACUUCCUCGGAAACGACGUCUGGGAAGUAGAUGGGGGUCGUUUCCUCUACAUAGAGGAAGAGUGGGGCAACUACGGGAAGAAAGGGACACUGCGCGAUAUGUUUGGCGAAUUCGUAUACUGGCACUCUUGGUACUUGAUCUGGAUCAUUCUCAGCAGCAUACUGGGCGGUCUUGUCACGUCGUUUGGCAUGUAUAAAUUUGCCAAGUGGAUUCUUGCGCAACGAGAGCUGAUGAAAUGGGAUGGCAUGGAGAAUGUAUGGGAAAACAUGAGGAGGGAAAGAAUCGCAGAAGAGGAGGGCGUGCUGCUAAAUGGAGAAUGGGCGUACAGAGACGACCCCGACGAGGGCGGAAGCUCAUCACAACCACCAGCGUAUGCGGAAGCGAUGAAACCACUGCCGAGUAAACCGCUGCCCGAAAAGCCGUUACCUGAGGUUCCGCUCAUUGACGCUUGAGGAGGAUGGUCUCGCAACUAUCACAUCAUUCGAUACUUUCUCAACAUAUACCCGGCUGAUUAUCAGAUCAUAUUUCGACAUCAAUCUAGUACCUGCUUAACACUGCUGCUGUUUACACCAUCAAAUCGCCAGAGAAAUGGGUCAUUCUACGGGCAUCCUAACUGCAUCGACUCAUGUCACUGUUCAAGCAAUGCAACCAGCUGGACGAUGUUUUUAGAAUUCACUGGCCAUCAACAAUUGUACAUAGAGGAUCAGACACACGAAGCCGUUAUUACGCCUU